AUAGGCGGCCGCCUUGCUGCCCGGUGGUGCGCCGGCGGCUGGGACCGCGGCUUGGCCAGCAUGAUCCGGAUCGCCGCGCUCAACGCCAGCUCGGCCGUGGAGGACGACCCCGAGGGGACCCUCAAGAGCCACAAGUCGCAGACCAAGGAGGCGCAGGAAGCGGAAGCCUUUGCCCUCUACCAUCAAGCGCUGGACCUUCAGAAGCAUGACCUCUUUGAUGAAUCGGCCAAAGCCUACCACGAACUGCUGGAGACCCGCCUGUUGCGCGAGGCAGUUGCAUCUGGAGAUGAGAGGGAGGGGUUGAAGCAUCCGGGCUUGAUGCUGAAGUAUUCAACUUACAAGAACUUGGCGCAGCUGGCUGCCCAGCGAGACGACAUCGAGACAGCUAUGGAAUUCUACCUGGAGGCUGUGCUGCUUGACUCCACAGAUGUCAACCUCUGGUAUAAAAUUGGCCACGUGGCCCUCCGGCUUACUCGCCUGCCCCUGGCACGACAUGCUUUUGAAGAAGGGCUUGCCUGUAAUCCAGACCAUUGGCCUUGUCUAGAUAACCUCAUCACCCUCCUCUACACCCUCAGCGACUACACGACGUGCUUGUAUUUUAUCUGCAAAGCCCUGGAAAGAGACAACUGUUACAGCAAAGGACUUGUUAUUAAGGAGAAGAUCUUUGAGGAACAGCCGUGCCUCAGAAGGGAUUCCUUAAGGAUGUUUCUGAAAGGUGACCUGCCAGUGUGCGAUGUGCCUGUGAGUGCAUCAGAAACACAAACAAUUCUGGAGGAAGCCCUGGAGCUGCGCAGGAAAAGGCAGGCUUUGAUGGCACGGAAGACUGAGCCAGAUCUCAAGCUUGCCCAGCCGAUCUCUCUGUUCACGUGGAAAUCUCUAGGAGAGAGUCUGAUGGCCACUUACUUGCAUCUCACAACUUGUGAGCCGCCUCGUCCAAGCCUGGGCAAGCGAAUUGAUCUCUUGGAAUACCAAGAUCUGGACCAGCACCUGGAGAGCCAGGCAAAUUCAGCCCCUGUCAGUGUUCUUCACCCCAGCCCUGUCAGUUCCAACCCACUGAUGCCUUUGACAGAACCACUGCUCGUCUAUACCCCACUGACUCCCAACUUCCCCAGUUUGACUGUACUGGAAUCAGUAAACUCUGCAGGUGAUGCUUCUGGGGCUGACAAAUCUAAGAAAGGGCUGAAACGGAAGAAAAUCACGGAAGAGACGGGCGAAACAGCAAAGAGGAGAUCGGCUCGAGUCAGGAAUACCAAGUGCAAAAAAGAAGAAAAAGUCGAUUUCCAGGAGCUGCUAGUAAAAUUCCUUCCUUCUCGCCUGAGGAAGCUGGAUCCAGAAGAAGAAGGUCCGUUCAACCACUAUGAGAUGCAAAGCACAGCCAAGGAAGAGAACUCCCAGCCCCUGGGCUCCCAUAGGAUGUCCCUUGACCUGACAGUCUGCAUGGAAUCUGAGAAGCAGGAUGUUCAUAAGUUCCUCUUGGCUAAUUUGAGCAACGGAGGCAUCCUUGAACUGAUGAUGAGAUACCUGAAAGUCAUCAGUCAGAAGUUCCUGGUCAAGUGGCCACCAGGACUGCCUGAGGUUGUCCUGAAUAUCUACAACAACUGGAGAAAGCACAGCAGCAGCCUACCCAACCCACUAUUAAGGGACUGUCACAAUCAACACAUCAGGGAGAUGAUGCUGAUGAGUCUCUCCUGCAUGGAAUUGCAGCUGGAUCAGUGGUUGCUGGCCAAAGGGAAGAGCUCCAUGGUAUCUCCCAGGAAUGGUCCUUCUGCCAGCUCGGCCAAUGGCAAAUUUGGCCCAGACUUUCCGGGCACCCACUUCUUGGGCGAUCUGCUGCAGCUCUCGUUCGCUUCUUCCCAGCGGGACCUCUUUGAGGCGAGUUGGCUGCAGUUUGCUGUCCGAGUGUAUUGGCUGAAAGCUCGGUUUCUGGCUCUACAGGGGGAAAUGGAGCAGGCCCUGGAAAACUACGACGUCUGCACGGAGAUGCUUCAGCAUUCUGCUGCCCUUGAGGCCAUCCCUGACAACGACAAGAGAGUGGUGAUCAGGCUGCCCAACCUCCAUGUUGACUCUGUGGUUUCUUUGGAAGAGAUUGAUAAGAAUCUGAAGUCCCUGGAGAGAUGCCAGUCUUUGGAAGAGCUUCAGCGCUUAUAUGAGGCUGGGGACUACAGGGCCGUGGUUCAGCUGCUGCGCCCAACGUUGUGCCUCAAUGGGGACAGCAGGACAGAGCAUCUGGAGUUGGCUAUCUCCAUUCCAGAGAGGCCAGCCCAACUUCUCUUGCUACAGGAUUCCCUCCUUCGGCUGAAGGACUAUCGGCAGUGCUUGGAAUGCUCUGAAGUGGCCUUGAAUGAAGCCUUCCAGCAGAUGAUCAAUACAACAGCCGCCUCGGCCAAGGAGGAGUGGGUGGCCACUGUCACCCAGCUGCUCCAGGGCAUCAAUCACUCCCUCUCGGCAGACAGCAGCAGCAGCAGCAGCCUGAGCGAAGUUUCUGCCCUGCCGAAUCUCAUCCGGUUGAGUCACAACCUCAUCCAGAUUAUCGAUUCCAGCAUGGUAGUCCAGGAGGAACCCAAAGAGCCGUUUGUAUCCUCAGUGCUUCCCUGGAUUAUUCUUCAUCGCAUCAUUCAGCAUGAAGAAGAAAAUGUCCAGCCCCUUUGCUGCCAACACGAGGAGCAGCUGCAGAAUCCACAGGAAGGAGUGUCUCCAAUUCAAGACACGCCUAUGCUGCCCCCUUCCCUAAUGCUGCUGAACACGGCCCAUGAAUACCUUGGAAGGAGAUCCUGGUGCUGUAACUCAGAUGGAGCCCUGCUUAAAUUUUACGUGCGGGUUCUGCAAAAAGAGCUUUUGGCCCCCACCACAGAAGACACCCACCCUUACAAAGAGGAGCUGGAGACGGCCCUGGAGCAGUGUUUUUACUGCCUGUACGGCUUCCCAAGCAAAAAGAGCAAAGCUCGCUACUUGGAAGAGCAUUCUACGCAGCAGGUGGAAUUGAUCUGGGAAGAUGCCCUAUUCAUGUUCGAAUAUUUUAAGCCCAAGACCCUUCCUGAGUUUGACAGCUAUAAAACCAGCACCGUCUCUGCUGACCUAGCCAACCUUCUGAAGAAGAUGGCCACGAUUGUCCCUCAAACAGAUAAGCCUAUGCUGAGAUUGGAAGAAGUGUCGAGUUACAUUGAAGGGACCUUAACCAAGGUGCCAGCUCUCCCAGAGGGCGCAGACUUCUCUCCUCCAGUGGUGACCGAGCUAUACUACCUCCUGGCCGACUACCACUUCAAGAAUAAGGAACAGUCCAAGGCCAUCAAGUUCUACAUGCACGACAUCUGCAUCUGCCCAAAGAGGUUUGACUCAUGGGCAGGCAUGGCUCUGGCCCGGGCCAGCCGCAUUCAGGAUAAGUUGAACUCCAACGAACUGAAGAGCGACGGCCUCAUCUGGAAGCAAUCCACCCCAGUGCUGAGCUGCUUCAAACGAGCCCUUGAGAUCGACGGAUCCAACCUCUCGCUCUGGAUCGAGUAUGGCACCAUUUCCUAUACUCUACACUCCUUCGCCUCCCGGCAGCUGAAGCAGUGGAAAGCAGAGCUUCCCUCGGAGGUGGUGCAACAGAUGGAAGAGCGGCGCAACGGCAUGUUGGAAACAGCCAAGCAUUGCUUCACGUCCGCUUCCCGCUGCGAGGGGGACGGAGACGAAGAGGAGUGGCUGAUCCACUACAUGCUGGGGAAGAUUGCGGAGAAGCAGAAGCAGCCCCCAGGGGUCUACCUCUUUCACUACAAGCAGGCGGGUCACUUCUUGCAUGAAGAGGCAGCACGGUACCCCAAGAAGAUCCACUACCAUAACCCCCCAGAGCUUGCCAUGGAGGCCCUGGAGGUCUACUUUCGGCUUCACGCGUCGAUCCUCAAACUGGUGGGGAAACCUGACUCAGGAGCAGAUGCUGAGCUGCUGGUGACUUUUAUGAAGGAAGCUGCCGAGGGCCCCUUUGCCAGGGGAGAGGAAAAAAACACCCCCAAGCUCUCUGAAAAGGAAAAGCUUUGCAUGGCAGACGAGGACUCGCGUUCUUCUGCAGGAACUCUGCCAGGCCCCGGGACUUCCCUGCUCUCUUCCUCCGGUCCAGGUCUGACUUCCCCACCCUACACAGCCACUCCAGUUGACCACGAUUACGUCAAAUGUAAAAAAAGCCAUCAGCAGGCAACACCGGAUGACAGGAGUCAGGACAGCACAGCGGUGGGGCUCUCGGACUCCAACUCCACCCAGGACACCUUUAUGGAGCUUGCCAGCCUCCCGGACAGCAGCAACAAGAAGGCUUUUCCGGAAGGGAGGCCCUUGGCUUCCUGCUCGGACACCGCGGCACCCGGGAAAGAGAGCCUGGCACCCACAGAGGACAGGGGAAAGCUGGAAGACCCCCUGGGCAGCCCUGACGCCUGCCGUGCUGCGGAGCAGAAGCCCCCUCCCCAGGGACCUUCCAAAGCCUCUGCUCCCCCGCUCCCCUCCCAGGGGGACCACAAGAGACCAGCCGAGCCCCUCUGCACCAGCCAGUUCGCCCAGGGCCUCCCCGCAGACCUGGAGGAGCAGCGCACUUUCCUGACCGAGCGCUGCACCGCCGCCUUCCACCUCUGCCUCAGCCGCUUCCCCCAGCACUACAAGAGCCUCUACCGCCUGGCCUGCCUCUAUGCCUGCAGCCCCACCCAUAAGAAUCUGCCGUGGGCGCGUGAUGUGCUGCUAGGCAGCAGUCUCCCCUGGCAGCAGCUGAGGCACAUGCCAGCGCAGGGUCUCUUCUGUGAGAGGAACAAGACCAACUUCUUCAACGUAAGUGGACUGCCCGGGCUGCAAGCAGGGUGCUUUCUCUGGCUUUUCCCAGUUGCUUGUUUCCUUGGCCUCGGGCGAGGCUCUAGGCAGGCAGGCAGGCCAGGCCUUCUCUGCCCUGGAAGUUGCAGCUCCGGAGCCGCAUGCAGCUCCGGAGCUGCUCCCUUCCUUUCCUUUGGGCAGCAGGAGGGAGGGCCUUGGGCAGCUCUGUCUGGCCUCUGACUUGGCCGAGCAGAACAACGUUGCUACAGGGACGAGGUUGCUUUGGUCAGAGCAGUACCUGUUCACCCCCUCACCACCCACCCACCCCCAGAACAAGGCAUUCCAUAUCCCUCUACUGCAAAGGAACUAAUGGCAGGAAUUUGGAAGCAUUUCAGCCCAUGGAGAGCAAAGAAAUAUUUAUAAAGUUGAUGAGGAUGCUGUCCAAGUCAUGGCCUUGAGAGCAGUUGAUGUGAAUGUGAAGUCCAGUUCCUGAAAAUGCCAUUGUGGGUGGAGUCAC